CAGCAUACUGUGCCAGCAUUAAUGUUUUGACGUGGAUUUUGUUUGUUGUUACUUGUUUAAAACCCCUUUUUUGCUACACGAAGACGGCUAGAAGAAUCCCAGAAUUCGCUUUUUCGAAUCAACCCCAAGCUAGUGGUAAAUAAAUCAUUCUCAGCAUUCGGUCAGCUAUGGCAGGCGAGAAGUAUUCCAUCCUGCUUCCAACGUACAACGAACGGGAAAACCUUCCAAUCAUCAUCUGGCUGAUUGUGAAGUACAUGCAAGAGGCAAAAAUUAACUACGAAGUGAUCGUUAUUGAUGAUGGCAGUCCGGACGGAACGCUUGAGGUAGCUAAGCAGUUGCAAAAAAUAUACGGCGAAGAUCGGAUUCUCCUUCGGCCAAGGGCUGCAAAGCUGGGGCUUGGAACGGCCUACAUCCAUGGAAUAGAGCACGCUACAGGCGAUUACAUCAUUAUCAUGGAUGCCGAUCUGAGCCACCACCCCAAAUUCAUUCCACAGUUUGUAGAGCUGCAAAAGAAGGGCGACUUUGACAUAGUUUCUGGCACGCGGUACAAGGGUGCCGGUGGUGUGUACGGGUGGGACUUCAAGAGGAAGUUGAUCUCGCGUGGAGCUAACUUUCUUUCUCAACUGUUGCUGAGACCGAAUGCUUCCGAUCUAACAGGAUCGUUCCGUUUGUAUCGCAAGGAAGUUCUCAAGGAACUGAUAUCUCGUUGCACUUCGAAGGGAUACGUCUUCCAGAUGGAAAUGAUCGUGCGAGCGCGUCAAUUGAACUACUCGAUUGGAGAGGUUCCGAUAUCAUUCGUGGACCGUGUGUACGGACAGUCGAAACUCGGUGGAUCGGAGAUAGUACAGUUCGCGAAAAAUUUGUUGUAUUUGUUUGCCACCACGUAGAAGAGAGAUCACACUUACACUACGGUUUCCGUUGUCAUCAUCAAUAAACCAACCACCAACGUGUGAAGACGGGUAUCGUACCUUUUAACAA